GUACCACACACUGAGUAAUUUGCCUGACUGCACAAUUCAUGAAAAAUAUUAAAUUUCUAUUUUGCCAAAUGCAAUUUGAAUGACAAAUUGCACUAGCAAAAUGACACAUGACAAGCAUUAACAAUGAAAAAGAUGAAUUCCACCUCAUUAAACUACAAUUUGAAGAUACUGUCUGAGGGUUAAUUUUUUUAAAUCAGGGGAAUGUAGGUUAAGAAAUGUUACACUGAUAAAGUGAUGCAAUGCGCUGCUGAAUGUAUUGAUAACAUCAGAUACAAGAACCCCACCCUGCCUGAAUAAAGCCCUUUGCUGUGCACUUAUGUCUGGGUAACUAAUAGAUGCCCCCUUUGAUAUAGAAGCAGCCCCCCCCCCCUCCCCCCAUCCGAAAUGAAUGGGACUUAAGAGUCAGAUGAUUGAAUAUGUAAAAUAACAACUGUAAAGUCUUGUUCAAUAUGUAUGAAAAUCGGUAUUGGGUUAAGGGUUUUGAGUUCAGGUGUGAAAAGAAAACACUUUCUGCAUAAGUUUAUAUAAAGCAGAAUAAUUCUGCAAUGCUUGAAACAACAAUGCUGUAUCAUUUGAUCUUUAGACCUGAACAAUUGUCCCCAAGCCAGAUUGGACAGUUUUUGAAGUUGAUAUAAAAACUGAAAUAGUAUCCCAAGAUGCAGUAACAUGAUCAACACCUAAUCGGACUUAUCCCACCGCCUGGUUCACUCUAAGUCAUGUAAAAUUGUCCUUGUAAAGACAGACUGAAAUAGAGUUACCUCAUAAGUUGAAUAACAAAAUGAGGCAACAAAUGAAGGAUUUUUGACAACACAAUGAAAUGGGCUUUCUAAUAUCGUGAGAUAAUUAGAUUUGUUGUAACCCGCCAUUAACUUCAUCCACUGAAUUAGCAUUAUACUUGAGACAUUUGACUAAUGGAUGGAGAGCAUUGCACUUGAUACAGCUGUGGAAAAAUUUACAAUUUGGCUUGUUGCAAAUACCAUCAUAAUUGUACGCAUAACAUUUGCGCUGUACUUAUGGGCCUGGCUGACAACAUCCUUCAUUUUGGGAAGGGGAUUAUUGCAUGUAAAUCAUCCACAAUUCCGCAUCAACUGAUGCCCAGCAUAAGGAAGUGUUGUACGAUUUUUUUCAGCCGAAACUGAAUGUCAUAUUCCAACCAAUUACCUCUCAAUUUUUCAGCCCCCCCCCCCCUCUUGAUCAGUGUCAUAUAUCUAAACAGUGGGAUUGCUUGAGACUUCUAUUCUGUUAAGUAUAUUGAAACAAAUAUAGAAAAGGCAUCCAGCCAUUGUGAAACUUUUGAAACUUUUUGGUCUCUUUGUUUCGGUUUUACCUGGAAAAUCCCAUCCUCAAAUACCACUUGAUUCUGCUGAGUUGCAGUAGGAUCAUGAGAUAAAAGGGUUGCAAAAUUUACAAACUGAUUAUUAAAUACAAUGUAUUUUUUCCUCUACACUAAUAAAAGGAUUCGUCAAGUUAUCUUAAGGGUCAUAAUUGACCGUACCUGUACAAUUUACACCCGAAUCCUCGAUAGUUAAGGCAGUCAAUGUAGAUGGGCUCAAAGCAGGCUGGAUCACUACCAGUGUCUCCGUCUGCGUUGUAGUUUGCGUCACCGCCGGUGCUGUAGGCCUAUUUGGUAACAACAAUGGUGCCGCACUCUGCAUAACCACCGGAAUUGCACCUCAAAAGAUUGCCGGUCUCGAACCCUGCAUCACCCCCGGAGCUGCAUUUUGUGUCUCAUCCGGUUGCAAUAUGGCGGAGUUGGCACGAGUCACUGUUGCAGUUACUCGACGAUUUCUAGGACGGUACCCCUUUUACACUUGGGUGGAGUAAGGAAAUUCAUGUAAAGUGCCUUUCCCAAGGAAACAACGUCAGCCCUGCCGCGGCCAGAGGUCGAACCCACAACCUUUCAGUCGAUAGUCUGACGGUCUAACCACUCGUCCACCGACGCCACACGAUUAUCACUGACUUGUGUUGUAUUUCAGUACAUCGUGUAACAGGAAUCUCUAAACGCACCCAGACGUCUAACUCAAAUUAUGGUUGGAAGACGACUGCUUGAGGGAAAAAACAUAGCAAUUAUUGCACUCAUUAUGCUAGGAAUUUAUGGAACGCACUAUAAGUAUUUUAAAUCUUUUGGCUCUACUGAUCAGAACUUUGAAGUAGAAAACACAGCACGUUUUGUAGAGGCGUCUUUGUCAUCGAUGCCUACAUGCGACCUCCCGGAAACAUUUUUCCGAGUUGUAGAAAAGAUAACGGCCCCAACUCUAACUCAAGUCACGCCUAUUUUCCCUGAUAUUAGAACUGAUAAAUGUAGAGAUUCUGUCAAGUGGAAACCCAUACAACCCUUUACACCAAAUGAAGUGGCCCAGUACACUAACUGCAUAGCAAAAAAUAUCGACCCAAGUAAAGUAAACGUCAAAAGUAUGGAACUUUUUAAUUAUACUGUCAUUUAUUCAUUUUUCAAUUUUCUGAAGAAAAAAACUAAUGUUGCUAUUGUUGAAGUCGGAGGAUACGUUGGGAAUGAGCUAAAUAACCUUUUACCAGCUACUGGAGCUAAACAUUAUGUGGUUAUAGAGCCAGUUCCCAGUUUCUACAGGAAUCUGUCAGAAAGAAUAUCGACGCUUGAUGUGGACUCCGACGUGAAAGCGUACAAUUUCGGUCUCGGUAAACGUUACACGACAUUACUUGUCAAUAUUCGGGGAGAUGCAACGACAACCUCAAAAGGUGAUUUAAGGAACAAGACAGAGGUUAUCCAGAUAGUGAGUGUUCUAGACUUCGUCAUUCAACUAGGGAUCGGCUGUCGUUCAGUAGAUCUUAUGACGAUUAACUGCGAAGGUUGCGAAUUCGAUGUUUUGGAGACAUUAAUAUCUACUAAUCUUAUAGAGAACUUUAAUUACAUUCAAUUCCAACCGCAUUAUAAUGCUCCUAAUCUUGGAUAUUUUCCAUGUCGCUACUGUAGACUAAGUCAACUUUUGGCAAGAACACACGUAGCAGCUUACGAUUAUCCUCAAGUGUGGCAAGCGUGGAAGAGGAAAGAUAUCGAAUGAAGAAGUGAUUUGGUUUUAUUUAGAAUAAAUACAUUAUGCUGAA